CAACGCUGGCCAACAACUGGAUUUGUAACAAGAAAAACGCAAAAAGAAUUACGCUGUGAAAGGUUUGUUUUUGCACAUAAAGUGCAUACAAAUACGUACGUGAUAUUAAGCAAAGCAGCUAUAAACGUAUUGAAAACAGAACUGUGCUUGAAAGGUGUGCUAAUAUUGUGAGCUGGUGCUUUAAAGAUAUAAAAACAAAAAAUACACACAUACACAUACAGUUUAUUACACCCUCCACCAGCCCGAGCUUGUUAUUGGCGCCCCUACAUUCCAGUUGAACUCGAAAUACAGAAAAAAACGGUCCCACCAUGACUGCAGCUCCAUAUAACUACAACUACAUAUUCAAAUACAUUAUUAUUGGUGACAUGGGCGUGGGUAAAUCCUGUCUGCUGCAUCAGUUCACCGAAAAGAAGUUCAUGGCCAACUGUCCUCACACGAUUGGCGUUGAGUUUGGCACACGCAUUAUUGAGGUUGAUGAUAAAAAGAUUAAAUUACAAAUCUGGGAUACGGCGGGUCAGGAGCGCUUUAGAGCGGUUACACGUUCGUAUUAUCGUGGUGCUGCCGGCGCCUUGAUGGUAUACGAUAUAACGAGACGUUCCACGUAUAAUCAUCUCAGUAGUUGGCUCACUGAUACACGCAAUCUCACAAAUCCUAGCACUGUAAUCUUUCUCAUUGGCAAUAAAUCUGAUUUGGAGAGUACACGUGAAGUAACCUACGAAGAGGCCAAAGAAUUUGCGGAUGAGAAUGGUCUCAUGUUCUUGGAAGCCAGCGCUAUGACUGGCCAAAAUGUUGAGGAAGCUUUUCUUGAAACGGCACGCAAGAUCUAUCAAAAUAUACAGGAAGGUCGCCUGGACUUAAAUGCGUCUGAAUCUGGUGUACAGCAUAGGCCGUCGCAGCCCUCACGACCAUCACUUAGUAACGAGGCUGCGAAUGCUAAGGAUCAGUGCUCGUGUUAAAUGUAUUAACUCUCUCUUUAUAUAUACAUAUAUAUAGAUACACUCACACGUAGUUAUAAAAAAGAAACGUAUAUUUUUAGUGCAUCUCGUAAGCAUAUUGAUUUCUUAUCUAUCCAAGCCAACCCACAAAGGUAUAUGCAAUGAAACAAAACAAUACGAAGCAUGUAGUUAAAUUAUUCGACUAAGCAGUAUAAAGUGUGAAGCAAGAAGCCAAAAUAUAAGAGCGUCCUCUCUCAUCAUCGAUAUCUGUAAUAUCAAUUAAGCUAAAGAUAGAAAGCGUACGUGUACUUGUUUUGUUUAUUCGAAAAAAAGCAACUGUCGAAAAUGUCCCUAAAUAAUUGUAUGCUUUUAUUACUUUAUUCCUUACACCACAAUUUGUUAGCAAUAAUCUGUAUAUAUUAUAAUGUGUAUUUGUAAUUCCUUUAUGCUCAUUUUGUUAACUGUUGUGUAUUGUGUAUGGUAAACAAAUAUGCGAAAUUGGUAGGCGAAAAAUGUUAUAUGAAUAUUAAAGACGUAUUUAACGCAUCAUAAUAAUAGGAAAUAAAGCAAAACUAUUUAUAA